UUUAAGAACCUGAGUGAUGUGCUCUGUUCUUUUAGUCCUGGUUAACAUUCUAGCUGCGUUCUUAAACUGGAAUUAAGAAUUUCAUUGUGUGGUCUGUUCUCUGUAGUGAUGGAUUGUUCACUUACGAACGACUCUUUUCGGUGAGCGUCAAGAACCGAGUCGCAAGCGCAAUGCAACCAACCAUGGCGGAUGCAAUAUUGGAAGUUCAGUUUGUAUCCGAUACAGACAAGCGGCCUCUAGUCGAACUCAUUGAAGAACUUAGACGUUCCAACGCGUUGCUCCGGGCAGAGUCGGAUAUGUAUGAGCGCUAUAUUAGCCGCUUGGACCCCAGAGAAAUGGUUCCUCGGCUUUUAUCAGAUUCCCUCGCAACAGCCACAGGAUCACAGCUGGAGAUUGGAGGGGGCCAGGGGAGAACGUUGAAAACACAGACAAUGGCUGUGGAGCAGUUGCAGUGUCUGACAUUGAAGCAAAAAUGUGAUGUGGCACAGAGAGAGCUUGAUGAAAUGACAGAGGACCUGGACAAACUGAAGGAGAGCUCUGAGAGAGUACUCCAAAAACAUAAGGCAACUAUCGAGGAAGCAGAUAUUCGACUCGUGGAAGUCAAGAAAGCAAGUUAUGAGUUUGACCGUGAUGUCGCUAAGAUGUUGAAGGAGAAGAGAGGUGUCACGAUGGGAGCAGAGAAGAUCAUUCGUUAUAUUGAGGACAGAAUGAGAGCAAAAGACACAUUGAUUGAGAAGCUGCGGUUACAGAAUGCAGCUCUCCAUGUGCAGAAGAAGAAGUUGCAGUUAAAGCAACGACAGAAAGAGGAGAUGGGUGAAGCCCAGCACGAAGUGGAUUUCCAGCAGCUGAAGAUCGAGAACACCCAGUAUGUUGAAUGCAUUGAUGAAAGAAACCAGGACCUCCUGCGCCUAAAACUCCUGGCAGGAAAUACCCUGCAGGUUCUUAACCGCUACAAGAUGAAGCUCCAGAGCUUGACUUGUGAGUCAAAGCUGCUGAGUAGUGACAUAACCUCCCGUGAGGAGAUGCUGGUGAAGAUCGAGGAGGAGACACUGCAGGCAGAAGAGGAGCGUGCCAAGGCAGAGACUCUAAACCAGAAGCUGCAAAGCCAGCUGGCAGACGUCCGUGUUCCCAACGUUCUGCAAUACAUCUCAGUGAAAGCCUCCAGUGCCCAGCUCGAACAGAAUGUCCGGGCCUGGGAGCGAAAAGUUGAGAUUUCUGAGAUGGCUUUGAAGACACACACUAAAGCCUGGAACAAGCUGAAGGCAACUGCAAGAGUGGGACCAGUUCCCACUCAGCCGGCGAACACUCCCAUGCUUCCUAAUGACAUAUUUAAUCAAAACUAGCCCACAAGUCCUGGAUGCAUCAUUCUUUUUUUAAACGAUUAAAGAUAUAAAACCACAUUGUAGCAAAUGUGAUUAGUUGUUUGUAAAUUUGAAAUGCACUGUGUUUCUGAUGUGCCUGCCCUGCAUUUAAAUAAGCGUUACACACCCUAUUAGAAAUGACACAACUCACCUGUUGUU